UUGUGAGUUCGUGACUGGGUUCUGGUUUUUAAACGCGAAUAGAGAAGAGCGAAGAUCUAAUUGAACGAUUCAGUUACGGUGCGGUGGUUGUAUACGGGAACGUAUUUAUUAUGAGCGCGACACGCGAAUGUGUUUGGUUGUUGGCUAUCGCGUAAAAAACGUUUAAAUGUAAGAAGAUAUUAUAGUCGAAUGUAAACUAUUUGACAGCAAAGCGUGUGUUGUUUAUCGAGGUUGACGAGAUUUAUUGUGCAACAUGGCGAUUAUAUUUGAAUGAUACGUGCACGUCGUUUUGUUAUUAUUUCACAUGCACCGAAGAGAUUACAUAUUGUUCCUGAUGACAGUAUCCGAAAUACGUAUCCACAUUGAGCGUAAUAUUCGUUACAAGUGAAACUCGCUAUAACAAAAUAAUCUCGUUAAAAAAAGGUUAAGAAUAAUAUAGCAAAACAUUCUUUUUUAUGUUGAUAUCUUCUGUACGAUAUCAAGACAUUCAUAAUAGGUUGUCAUUUUUAAUAACGUUUGUGACAAUACCUGAGAAAAUAUCAAAAUGUGUCUUGUUACAGAUUUACAAAUUUCCAGACAGUGUUUAUUUGUACAAAGUAACGAGAUCUUAACAGGAUAAAUUAUGCAGUAUGUGAACCUUCCUGUAACUAAGUUAGUGCACUGUAGGAGUCACAUGACUGUUAAAAGAACUGUAGGCCCAGAUGCACUACGAUAAUUAAAGUGUCAGAAUUGACAGUGUGAUGAGUGGCAGUGGAUUCAGGGGAAGAGGCUUUGGACCACGGGGUGCUCGUUCGAAUGGUCCAACUAAUGGUUUUACCGGACCCAGGUUUCCAUUUCCUAACUUUAAUCAUCCAUGGCCGCAGCAUAGGUUACCUGGACCUGAAAAAUGGAUAGAAGGUCCAAAUUUUGCACCAUGGCAAAAAAACAAAAAUUUUGUUCCAAGACCUCAUUACAGGGGAAAUUUACAGUUUCGACAAAAUAACAGAGGUAGAGCAGUUAAAGGUAAUAAUGGUAGGGGUAGACCAUCUGCUUCUCAAUUUUGUUUAACAAGAAAUCCUGGACCCAGGGUGCUAGGACCUCGAGAAGAGCAGGUGGUAGAAAAUGAAAAACCUGUAUUGGUUCCUGUUCUGCCUGGCUCAGAAGAGGAAAGGCAAAAAAAAAUUAUAGAAACAGCUGACAAAUUAAAGCAGAAAUUAUCGUCCAUAAAGCCGGAAGAGCUUACAAAUUUUUGGGAAGAUGAUUUAUCCAUUUUACCAAAUCCUGAUUUUAAAGAAAAGAGUACCCUGACCAAGGGUAUUCCUGAACUUAGACAUGAACCAUCUGAACUUAAUUUAAGUUAUACAGAUUUCAGAGACAUAGGUAAAGUUGAUGGCAGUAAUAAGUUUGACAAUGUUAAAGAUAAAAUUAACAGCGAUGAUAUUAUAAUUACGUUUGAAGGUAAAACUACAGAUGCAAGUACAAAUAAUGAGCAUAUUGUCAUAAAUGAAGAUCAAGAUGAAUCUUUGACAAUAUCAGAUUCUGUAUAUGAAAAUGAUGUCUUGUGUAAGUCAAAUAAUCAGGAAGAAAUAUUUCAUAAUUUACCUAACUUUGAAUGUAAUUCAGAAAACUUACAUUUGCAAUGUAAUAAUGUCACAGAAAUUGUAGUAUCUUCAGAUGAAAAUAAUGUUGAUGAAACCUUAUCAGUUUCGAAUAUAGAUGAGAAAAUAUUAAAUUUUACACCAACAAAACCCACUGAUGAUUUAAUAAAUGAAAAAUCAUUAGAUUUAGAUGAUGUAGAAGUAAACACGUCGCAGAAGCAAAAUACAUUGGAGUUAGAUAAGCAGAAUAUAGAUACAGAUAUUAUACAGGUUACGAAUGUUGAUUUACAACAGAAUGAGCAUUUGGAAUCAGAUUUACACCAAUUACAAGAUAAUGUACCUGAAGAAGAAGUUUGCCAAAUUUCGGCCAAUACUUCUGAUUCUUUGCAGAACAAUUCGGUAUAUCUUCCGCCUCCUAGCGAAGAUAUUCAGUCGAACAUCGUGCGUGAUUCACAAUCACCAACAUAUUCAAUUUAUAACGAAGCACCGAAAUUAAAUAGUCCAUCUGCUUUUCAACAAAGGGUAUUUAACGUGCCUCCCAGAUUUGGUCCAAGAAUUCCUGGAACAAGGAAUCGAUGGCCAUUUCAACAGAAUGGAAACAAUUUAUUUUUUAGGGGACCACAAAGAUUACCCUUUCAUGGUAAUCGAAUGCCUCGAAUACCAUACGAAUACAACCCAACUGAUCUAGUUCCACUUGCAUUUGACCCUCGCGCACCACCACCAUUUACACACAAUGUACCUGCCACAAGCCAUGACUCUCAGCACCUUACAGUAGUGCCAUUUUCUACUAAAGAUCUGCCUCCUAAGUUCGAUCCUAGCGAACCUCCGCCAAAUAUAAGAACAACGUCUGCGACUGAGCCAUCCAAUAGACAAGAAAUUGCACAGACUAUGCCACCUUUAGAUUCGAGAAAUCAAACGAAAACUACUCCUCUGAAUAAUAUGGAAAAUAUGCAACCCCCUGCCUUUGACCCUAGAGGGCCACCUCCUAAAAUCUCAAAUGUAAUAGCGAAGACUAAUGAAAAUUUACCUGAAUUUAAUCCUCAACAACCACCACCGAAAAUUCACAAACGGGAUGAAACUUUACAACCACCGCCGAUCUUCGAUCCGAGGCUUUCUUCUCAAGAACGUUCUAAAUUAAUUGCUCCGUUAAAUCCUGCUGGAUCCCACAUGAUGGGAAUGAAGAUAAUGGAAACUUCGCAAUUACCAGUUCUCAACAUAACACCUGUUACAGCAAAUUUUUCGCAUCCCCCGCCAACGAUGCCUACGCAUCAGGGUUUCAUACCUGCUCUACCAGUUAAUUUUCCACCUGUUUUGCCACAGGUAAACAGUGGACAGGUAAUGGUGCAAGAAUUUGCACUACCUCCUCCGCCUAUAAAUAUCACCGAAAUUCCCCCACUUCCACCACAAGAGCCUUUGUCAGAAAAAAAUUCCAAUCAUCAUCAAGUUAUAAACAUGGAUGAUGGAUUGGAAGACAUGCAGGAAGCAAUGGAGUUCGCAAAAGAAAUAAUGAAAAUGAAUCAAGGUGGACCAUCAGGGUCUGAAGCAUCAUUCGCACCAUCAGAAAUUCCUGUACCAAUUGAAGAUAUACCAUGUUUAUUAAUAAAUCAAACAAAUGUAAAUACUGUGAAGAAACAAAAGAAAAAAGAUAAUAUGAAUAAAAAGAGUAAACAAAAUAUAAUUUGUGGACCAGAACUAAAUCUUGAAAAACAAAGGGAAGCCGAAAUAACGAACGAGGAGGAAAGUGUACAAAUUCAAACUAAAAAUAUCGAUGAUACAAUAUUGACUGAUGAUCAAAUACGCCCCAAAGUGGUGUUUAAUUUAAAUUCUAAAACAAAGAUAAUACAAAAGCCAGAGGAGUGGCACAGAACUACCGUGAACAUUUCUGAAAAUAAGGAAGCUUCUCGCUAUCUUACGACUCAAAAUUCUUGUAAAGAAAAGAAACAGUCUAAAAAGUAUUCUUUCGAUCGUAAGAGGAACAAUAUAAAUCAAAUAAAAAAUCAGGAAAAGGAGUAUAGUCUUAACACGAAUUUAAAACGCUGCUGCGCGGAGAUUACAAAAACACCUAUGGUCGACAAAUCGAAUGAUAGAUCUCACCAUCAAGAUUAUAUCAAAGACUCACAAAAGACGUAUUCGUAUUCUUUGAAUAUACCGCUAUCCAAUAACAUAGGUCUACAAAAGAUUCCAAAAUCAAAGAAAGAAGUUAGGAAGGUACCAACUCCUAUCUCAGAAUCUUCAUGGAAGGGUAGAGUAAUCAAUCGUUUUCUGAAAAUGAGUAAAAAUGAUAUUUGCAAUAUGGUUAACAAUUCGAGCCUUCGUAAGUUCGACAUUGCAAUGAAGCAUCUGGUGAAAGAAAAGAGAUCUUCUAUGUCGAUUGAAAUGAGAAACACGGAAGACGAAAAAAUGAAAGAGUACGAUAGAGAAGAAUUUAUGAAUCAGUUAAACGCAAUGUUAGAUCCAAGUGCUGUAGUAGGUAUUUCUGAUUUACCUACAGAAUUUAUACACCAUCUUAGUGAAGUAUUACAACUCGAUCCUAUAGAAGAUACCCUUGAAAAUAUGAAUUCAUCGAAAAAAUCAUUGUUAAAUAAGUCGAAUUCUGAAGCCGAGGCUACACACAAAUUACAGACGCCAUUAUUUAACGAAGCAGAUUUGGAUGAUAUAUUGUCGCAGGUUACAGAAAGGACAAGAACUCCAGCACAGAUACAACCUGUAACAAAACCCUCUGAAGAUAAUGCUCAGUUUCCUAAUUCGACGGUGGCUGAUCUCGAUGAUAUUUUCUCGGCUGGUAUCGCACGAGCCAAGUCGCUCAGCAAAAGCGCAGACUUAGCUAACACGAGAGUACGCAAAUCCAGCUCCGAAGACCAAAUCAGGUUUAAAUCUGAGAGGAGGGAUAGAAACAAACAAGAGGAUCCAGACAUGUUCAGACAUGAAAUGUGGAAUAAUAAUCAUGAUAUGAAUAAUCAUCAAGAAGAUACAUUUAGAUCCGAGAAGUACGAAUACAUGUGUAGAAAUUUAACAAAAGAAGAAUGGGAAGCUAAGUAUGGAUCGGUGAAUGCUACGACAGUUUCGACUAUGCGUAAAACUUGCUCUAACAGUGCCGAGAACUUAAACAGAGACAGUAAGUAUUGUCAAUCUCAAAGGUACUAUUCGUCCGAUUCACAAAUGAGGCGCUUAAGCAUGAGUCCUUUAUCUCACGAGCCUCCUGCUUAUGACCUGAAGAGAUGUAGUAUCCCUCGUUCUAAUGACCUGGAGGACGUUGAAAGAACAGAACAAUCGGACAGCAACAGCGAUUCCAACACCAGCAGCACGAGUGACACAGAAGAGGAGACUGUUGCUCCUGAUGUAACAAAAUUGUUGAAGGUGAUCAAGGAGAACGAGAAAAUUGCCAAGAAGAAAACGCUGAACGAAACGAUCAGAGACGAGGUUGCUGCUGAAAUAGAGAAAAAGUGGAUGGAGAAGAGCAAAUAUAAGGAUAGGAAACUACGCAAACGCGAUAAACGAAAAAGAGACAGGAGGGAGAAACAAAAGAAGAGAAGAAGGAGGAAUAGAAAUUCGCAUUCGGACAUGUCCAAGACCAGCGAACACCCGGAAGAGUUUCGAUUGCUGACGGAAGACGAGAUAAAGAAGGAGGUAGUCAUCAAGGAGGAACCACUGAAUACACCCGAAGAAACUAUUCCUCAAACGUUUUCUCCCCAAACUAAUACCACUCUUGUUGUACCUGCUACAACUUACGAAAUGACUGAGGCAAUAUCGCGAAUCGAAUCUCAAAGUUUGGCGAUAGAAAAGCAACAAUUUCCUGUGAUCACCUGCAAUAAGAUGCCGCCACAAAUCAAGGCACACUCGACUGCUAUUUCUGUGACGAUGCACCCGAAGACUAAGGCACAACUCAAACAGAUGCCAGAGUUCAACGACCUGAUGCAGACAAACACUAUAAAGAAGCCAUUUGAAGUUGUUGUGAAUGCUAACACAAAGAACAUUGAAGAACAGGUAGAGAAGGACAAAGGUAGUGAAAUAGAUAUCAACGUAGCAGACAACAAGGGUAAUGGAAAAGAAAAUAAAGAUGGUGAGACAGAUACUUUUUUACCUCCAAACAACUCUUUGCCUCAACUGAAUCUAUCUUUAAAUGUUACAGAACAAUCACACACUGAAACUACCAGUGAUGAUACAACGAACACACCGUCGUAUAAUGUUAUAAAUCCCGUUACUGAAAUUAGUAUAAGCAGUCACAGCAGUGAUCAGAAAGCACCAGUAACAAGUAUUUCUUCGUCAGAAACUAAGAGUGGUUACAGAAAAAUAGACAUAAAGGUGUACAAGGAACGCGCGUUGCAAAGACGCUUGAAGGAGGAAGCUAAGCUAAAUGAAAAUCUUGGUGUUUCGGUUUCAUUGCCUUACAACUCGCAUGAUUCACAGAUAAAGGUAGUCAAUGAAAUUUCAACGUUAACUACAAUGAAUAAGUUGCGGGCAGCGGAGGUAGAUAUAAAUAAAGUGCAAUUAAAGGAUCCACGAUUGGUUAAUGUAAAAUCAACGAGUCAAUCAGCAGAUUCUUCCUUUUUGGAAAUUCCCAACAAAGAAGAUACAGAAAAAGAUAGUUCGACGGAGAAGCUUUUGCAUACGAGCGUCUCCCAAAAUAACGAACAACUUUUGACUCCUGUACAAUCUAAGAGCGCUAACAAAGGGUUAGCAGCGAAAGUUAAAGACACAGAAAGGUUGUUCACUUUACCUGUGACUUUUGAGUUGGUUCCUCUUAGAGAUUCUGAUAGUCCUAAGGAUAGUCCUAAGGAUCACAAAUGCGAUGCAAAACCACUGAAUGAAGCGCAAGAAAAGAUAGUUAAUCACGAAUUAGUAGAUCUUCAAAUACAAGGGGAGUCCAAAGUAGAAUCAGUAGAGUCGAAGAAACUUCCAACUACGAAUGAAAUCAACAAAUUCAAAAAUAUUCGAUCGGAAGGGAGCAAAGAAUUGAAAUUAAAAAAAGAUAAGAAACCAACGGAAAAGAAGAAGAAGUCACCGAAAUCUAAGUCUUUAAUUGAGAAAGAUUUGAAGCAUUCGAAUAAAGCUGAAAUUAAGAAGACAGAAAAUUCCUCAGAAUCGGAAGUACGCGCUGAGAAUGUAGCGGUCGAGCAUAUUAACUGCAGAAUUAAUAAAGAAUUGAUUAAUAGUGAUUUUACAAUCGUAGAAAAGAACGAUAAAAGAGAUGCAAAAAAUGAUGAAGUAAAAACUGAUAUUGAUACAAGAAUUACGGAAAGUCAACAAAUUACAAAUGUAGUUGAAGAUGGAAAUCAGGGAAAUCAGCAAAUUACGGAUCAAGGGAAAAUUGAGAUUACGGACGACAAAGAUUUAAUAAAUUUGAAAAUGGAAGAAAAUAGCGUCAAGGAGAUAGGAGAAAGUAGAUCUCCAAGUUUUGAAGUAAACGGUACAUCGUUUGAACCUGACGCUAUUGUACAAUUAGAUAAAAAAGAGAAUAAGGAAGAAGUAAAGGAAGAAGUUUUUUCUUUCAAUAAUACUCAAAUACAAAUUUACACUGCAAAUCGAAUAUUUUCUACUGAAAAUCCAUGUUGUAUCGAUCAAAAGAUACAUUCCCCGAAAGACGAUAACGAUUUAAAUAACAGCGUAAAAAGUGAUAGUAAUUCUACGCCAGACCUAAGAACGGACUUAAAAGUUCUUGGCGAUUCAAAAACAAAAUUAAGUAAUCAAGAUGAUCAAGAUGACGACACGUCUACAUCUGCGUUGAAAGAUCUGCAAACCUUGGAUGACUUUAGUAAAGCUGAAGAAGACGAAGUAAGAUCUCCUGAUAGUACAGGCAGUCCGUUUAAAGGUUUCCUCAUUGAAGGAGAUAUCAAAAAACCUGCAAUAGAAGAUCCCAAAGAAUGGUUGAAGAUAUGUCUUAACGAAGAACUUGAUGAGGGGUCAAGACAUGAAGUGGAGGAAAUGAAUGAACCAGCAUCAGAGAAGACUUCGGUAGAAGAGCAAUCAAGUACCGCUAGAAACGAUAUUAAAACUAGUAACAUUGAAACUGUUACAAAACCAUUAGAGACACGGGAUAAUAACACUGGCGUAAACCAGGAUAAUUCUUCUAUACUUGAAUCGGAUAGUCAGGGUACGUUCGAUGAGAAUGGUGAACCAUUCAUCGUUUUGGACGAAUACAUCGAUGAUACAGAUGACAAAUCAAUCGAGAAAUUGGGCAACCUUGAUUUAGAUCUGGAUGAUUGUAUCUCAAAAAAUAUGGAUAUAUUUUCGAGCAGACCUUUGCCAGAAGUGGUGAGUUCGAUAGAUAAUGUUAAAUCAUCGGACUUUAACUCGAUAGACUUCAAACAACUAUCAGAUGUUUUUGAUACAGAUGAUCUAAUGUCUAUAGAGCAAGCAGAAGAAUCUACGUCUAUCGACAGAAAUUCUAACAUAAAAGAAUUAUCUAUUAAUAGAAAACAGAACAGUGAAAAUAAUGUAACUGCAGUUUCUCAAUUACAAAUAAAUGUACCGCUUAUUACAGAAAAGAAUCUUUCUGAUACCGAUAUAUCAGGGAAUAAUUUACAGCAUAAUUUUGAAUCUUCUGACUUGGAGUCGAAAACUGCUACUCCUGAAAUACCGACAACUUUAAAUGUAGCGAAAACUGCCUUAGCAAAGUCGCUCGAAAAUUUAUCUGGAGUUACAGCAUCGACACCUGAAAUGAAUGUUGAAUGUACAAACCCGAACGAGGAAACUUCGGAACUAAAUAAAAAAAUAGAUAAGGAAAGUUCCGUACUAAACAAGGGAGUCGUAAAGAUAAACAAAAACACGUACAUUGAAAGUUCCGAGUCGAACGAGAGGGUUUUAGAGACCCUUAAGAAUGCGGUAGAGACGAUCAAAGAAACUACCGAGUUGAACAAAAAAAUAUUGGACAAAGGACCUAUCAGUUAUGAAAAGAGUAACAACAAAGUAUUGAACCACAGUUCUAGGAAUAAGAUAAACUCUAGUCGUUAUGAUCACAUUGUAAUGAAAGAUCAGAAAUCUUCGAGCAAGUCUGAUAGAAGGAAAGAUGAUAAAGCCUUGCAUGAGGUGAGAAGUAAACAUAGAUUGAAACAUAAGCAUCAGAAAAAACGUAACAUUUCCAAGAAAGCGAUAGAGGAGGCAGUGGAAUCUGAUAGUGUAAAAGUUAAGUAUCCAACUACCAAGGAAGCUAUCAUGGCUAGGAUGAUUGAGAUCGACGUUGAGAUUCACAAACUAAUGACAGAGAAAAUGACUCUAUAUAAAAUGCUGAAAAAUGAUACUUUAGCAACUGAUCAAUUAAUUCAGAACAUAGAUGCCAUUCCUGUAACGAACCAAUGUUCUAAAAUAGCCACAGAAACUGUACCCCCAAAGGAUACCGUGAUAAACCCUGUACAUAUGAAUAAAUCUAAGGUAUCCAAACAUGAACACCAUGCCGAAAAAAGAGCUCGUAGUUUUGAUGACGAAGAGAUUGGAAAUACUUUCAAGAAAAGGAAGAAGCAUAAAAGUACAGAAAAAGCAAAAUGCGAUGACAAGCCUGAGUCUGUACCUUCAGAAGAGAAACAAUCUAUCGACACAGCGAAAUUAAUAUUAAAAAAAGCUAGUAAAAAACAAGAAACAAGCGAAAAGGUCACUGAACAAAUAGAAUCUCAAGUUUGCUGUGAUGAACUUGUCAAGUUAAAGAUGAUGGACCAAGUCGAUGAAACUGCUUCUUCAUUGAAAGACAGCGAAUGUGCAUCGGAAACUUUAAAUGAUACGGAUACGGCGAGUUCGGUAACAAAAACACUAGAGAACAGAACACCUGAGAGAUCGUCCAUAUAUUCUGAUGAUAGUACUUGGGACUCUCUUUUUCAAGCGCCAAGCGACGAUCAAAAGAAGCCUGCUACUGGUCUUGCUCUUCUGGAGGAAACGUAUAAAAAGGAAAUAGCAAAAACCCGAAGAAUAAGAAUAGAAGCACGCAGAAGAAGAAAGCAAAAGAUAAUACGAAAUCUGCAGCCAUCCGUGAACGCUUUGACUCCUGAAGAGGAGGAGUUACCAUUAUCUGCUCUGUACGCGAAGAAGGUACAUCACAGGAAGAAGACAUUAAGUUCUCUAAACCAACAACUAGAGAAAACGAACGACGACCAACAACUUUGGAAGAAUGUGGACGAAGUAAUAAAUGCCGUGGCGGAAAACAGGACAGAAGUUCUUUAUAGAGGAAGAUCAGAAAGGCGAUCAUCAGAUGAAGGUAAGCAAAACUAUGCGCCCGAUGUAGACGAUGCAUGCCUGGACAAAGAGCACGUGGACAGUGCAGAAGUAAACUCUGAAUCUAAAUUAUUACGAAGAGAAGAAAAUGUUAUUUUAUUAUCUAAAAGUAAGUCUCAAGAUUUACGAAACGAUGGAGAACAAGAGGAUUUGGUCAGUGUAGAAUCACAGAGCAUGGAAAGUUCACCUACGAUAUCUUCUGUACAGCAAACCAUGAAAGAUAAUAAUCUAGAAAUCAAGGAAGUAACCUUGGUUGAAAAUUUAGACGAUAUCGAUAAAACAAAUAAAGAAUCUAACUUACAAAAGAAUAUCGUUGACAUAGAGGAAAUUGUAUCAGAUACUGAGCAAGUUGCGCUAGUAUCUAAACAUAAAAAAGAAAUGAUCCCAAGUACAUCACCUAUUCCAUUGUCACACGACGAAGUUCAAAAUAGUUUGGCGAAUGUUAAAAAGAAUCGUUGUAUCCAGAAAACAGUCAGUAGAAAACGAUCUAUACCUCGUGAUGAUGAAAUUAUCUUAAAUCAAGAGAUACAAAUAAUUAAGAAAUGCAGACAUACGAUACUGGAAAUGAUCAAUUGCAAAGUAAAAUUGGUGGACAGUAAGCACACAUUUCUAAAACCGAACGUGAAUCCUAAUUUAUUACAUAUUUAUGGAAUAUCAAAAAUCAACUCAUCUAUACCCUUGCACCAUAUGCACGAUAUUCAGGUAUCGACUUCGACACCGGAAUUUUCACGAAGUCGGUCUCCAAAGUUGAUUAAAAAACAGGAUGAUAUAACUCGAACCUUGGCCAAUGAGGUUUACUUGAUCAAAGAUAAAAGGAAACCAAAAUCUGUAACCAAAAAUUUACAAGGAAAUGAUAAAGAGAAGCAUACAGAUCUCAAUAAAGAAGUAAUACCAGUUUUGACAAAAGAACAAAUUAUUGUGGACAUCUCAGAAGAUAAAGAGAAAUUAGAUAUUGAGAUAGUUACCAAGAAUCAAGAUCAGAAUGAAUGUGGCUCAACUGUGAUAGAGACAAUUGACAAUUUACCGAGGACACAAUAUACGGUCCACAAAGGUCCUAUUUUAGAUAUUAAGGUUUUUGAGAAUUCAUUUCUAGCUGCAAGUGAGGAUGGCAGGAUAUAUAGAUACAGUCAAACAUCUAAUGGAAUAUUAAACAUCUAUAAAGGUCAUACGGCAGCAGUAACUUGUUUAUACGUGUACAAUGCAAACAGUACAGACAUUAACAAAGAGUGGAUGUUUACUGGUUCAUUGGACGGAACUUUACGUUGUUACAAUGUAACGACUGGACAAGAACUUAGAGAUGCAGCAGAUAUAGGUAGUCCAAUACAGUGUAUGGAUGAAGCAUGGGGGAUAAUCUUCAUCGGUACUAAAUCAGGCCAUGUAUCACGCUACCACGUGAAGUCAGGUGCUAUCAAAGGAAAUAGCAUACAAUUCUCUGAUAAGUCUGUACUAGCUUUAAAAGCUACAAACGAGGGUCCACGAAGAGUUCUUAUUGUAGCAUCGCGUAGUCAGCCAAUAACAAUACGAGAUGCUCAAAACGGCCUAUUUCUUCGCACGAUUUGUGGUCAAAAAAAUCAUACGGUGUAUAGUUUGAUGCUUGAUAAUAAUCUGAUUUAUUGUGGCACGAGUACCACAUCUAUACUUGUCUUUGAUUUCACGAAUGGUGAUCAAAUAAUUCAAUACAAUGCUGGCGUAGGAAUUGUAUGUAUGCGACUGUACAAACAAUUAUUAUUUGCUGGUUGUUAUGAUGGCAAUAUUUAUGUAUUUAAUAUAAAGGAUCAUCGACUCGUGUGUAGUAUACCUGGUCCUGGAAAUAUGUUAUUAAGUAUGGAAGUCAUAGAGAAUAAGAUCAUAGCUGGUAGCAAAGAUAAACGUUUGCAGUCAUGGCAAAUGGCACAUUCAGUACGAGCUUUGCUCUAGAAGUUGAAGAACCAAGUUCGACCUGAUACAUCUUAGUCUAGUCGUGCUCCUAAGACAGACUAUUGAAUUACUUAGGAGUACAUCUUGUCUGCAAGGAACAUCUAUAAAACGAUUGUACAGAUUCAAACGACUUAAUAUGUAAUAUAUAUACAUAAUCUUAUUUACAGAGAAGUGCACAUAAACAAUAUAAAUACGUUUGUACAGAAAAGUAGAUAAAUUAAAUUAUUGGUGUCGUGAUAAGAACGAAA